CUUGUCCCUCUGCGCGGGCCCUGCUGGGGGUACCAACACUUGCCACCCCCUUCUCCAGAGCCAGGGGUGCAGAUGGAGACGGGGGCACGCCCCUCCCCUGUAGAGGAACCUCCAGUGAACUUGGGGUCCCUGGAGAAAGAUUCCUCGAAGCUCUGUCCCCUCCCAGGAGAAAAGUCUAGGGAGUCUGGGAGGCUCUGGGCUGGGGUUGUCAUCAGAGGCCAGGGCGAUAGGUGGCAGUGCAGGAUUACAGAUGGGGACCACCCCCCCCCACCCCCCCCAACCUCCCGCCCAGACCAGGCUCAGGCUGACUCAUGGGUAACCCCUCCCGCAUCCCGCCCCCUUGCCCCCAAGCUCCAAGCAUCCCCGCCAGAUCAAGCUUCUGGAAGCAGGCGCUUCAGUUCCCUGGUGCAGAAAGCCAGCCCAGAGGACAUGGUGUCUGAGAAGUCCCCUUCCGACAGCCUGCAGGAGCCAAGCCAGGAUGACCCCAAUGGCAGUCUGCUAAAUGUGACUGCCCGGCGAAGCCAACGGAGCUUACCUCCAACUCCUUCAGCUUCCAGAACAGGCUUUGCAGAAUUUUCCAUGAGGGAGCGUCUGCGGGAGAAGUUACAGGCUGCAAGGUCCAAAGCAGAAAGUGCAUUACUGCAAGAAAUUCCCACUCCUCGACCCAGGCACUUAAGAAGCCCCAGAGAGAAAGAAUCGGAGACUGAGCUUGGUACAGAGCCACGUGCAGAAGUAGAAAGGACUCAACAAGAAGAUGACUCCCAGAGUAAUUCAAGAGUGAAGGUCCGUCGUUCUGCACGCAAAAUUAAGUCUAAGACCCAGGUCCCACCUGGCUACCCUUCUGCAGAGGAAGCCUACAACUUCUUCACUUUCACUUUUGAUCCUGAACCAGAAGACUUGGAAAAAAAGCCAAAGUCAAAGCCUAGAGAAAGAAGAAACCAAAUGGAGGAGGAAGAGGAGGAGGAGGAGGAGGAAGAGGAAGGACAACACCCCAUGCAAACUAGAGCCAAUAAAGCGGUGACAGUCGAUGAGGAAGAUGUACUCGGCCGCCCAGAGGAGGAUUUUCUGCUGGACUUGGGCCCUACGGAGGAAGACUUUGUGGCGGUGAGGCCCGCGGAGUAUCAGAGUGUCCACACUCGGCUGCAGGUGGAGGACAAGCUCCUGUUCGCCCCCAGCAAACACUCAGUGCCUAUGUAUAAGAAGCUUCCGGAGAAUGUGCAGCCCAGGUUCCUGGAGGAUGAAGGCCUGUACAUCGGGGCCAGGCCUGAGGUGCCCCGUACCAGCCAGAACAUCAUGGAGAACAGGCUGCUGGUGCAGGAGCCGGUGCAGAAGUGGUUCGGUGAUGAUGGCAGGAUCCUGGCCCUGCCAAACCCCAUCAAGCCCUUCCCCUCAAGACCCCCGGUGCCGGCACAGAGUCAGGACGUGAAGAGAGAACUGGAAACCUUAUAUAAAAAGGCAGUAAAAUACAUCCACAGCACUACUCAGCAUAUGAUUGGAUCGGGAGACUCUCCUGUGAAUUUCCAGCUGGAUGUGGACAUUUCAGGGCUGAUCUUCACCCAUCAUCCCUGUUUUAGCCGAGAGCACGUUCUGGCGGCCAAACUGGCCCAGUUAUAUGACCAGUACCUUGCCAGACGCCAGAGAAACAAGGCCAAGUUCCUCACCGAUAAGCUCCAAGCUCUAAGAAAUGCUCUUCAAAUGGGCCUCAAUCCAGCCAACCCUCACAAGUCUCCUAACCUAACCCCCAAAGCCAUCAGUGAGUACAAGUCUGAAAUUUGGCAGACUCGAAAACUCCGUGACGCUGAGCAAGAAAAAGAUCGAACACUGCUCAAAACCCUCAUUAAGGUCUGGAAGGAGAUGAAGUCCCUACGAGAGUUCCAGAGAUUUACCAAUACACCCUUGAAACUUGUUUUGAGAAAGGAAAAGGUUGACCAGAAAGCAGACGAGGAAGCACAGGAAGCUGAAAUCCAAGCUGAGCUCAGCGAGCUGUUGGAAGAGCACUUGAUGGAGUACGAGGAGCAGCUGGAAGUGUACAAGGCUGCCCAGCAGCGGUGGAAAGCCUGGAGGAAAGCCCGGAGAGCCAAGAAGAAAAAGAAGAAGAAGAAGAAACCGGCAGAGGAAGAGCAGCCCCAGGAAGAAGAGGAGGAGGAGGAGGAGGAGGAGGAGCAGGGGGAGGAGGAGCCUGUGAAGCCCGUGCCUCCUCAGCCCACCAACAGGGCGGCGCUCGAGCAGCAGGUGAGGGAGCGCGCAGCCCAGGGCAGGAGGAGGCCGGGGGAGCCCGUGCUGGUCCCUGAGCUGAGCCUGGCGGGGAGCGUGACACCCACCGACCAGUGUCCCAGGGUGGAGGUGUUGCGCAGGGAGGACGUGAAGAGGCGCUCGGUGCACGUGAAGGUGCUCUUCAACCAUAAGGAGGUGUCGCGGACCGACAGCAGGCCUCUCGGCACUGACUUCCGAGUUCACUUCGGACAGAUUUUCAACCUGCAGAUUUUCAACUGGCCGGAGAGCCUGACACUGCAGGUGUAUGAAACAGUGGGCCACAGCGGGACCAGCUUGCUGGCGGAAGUGUUUCUGCCCAUCCCUGAGACGACCGCUGUCACUGGGAGGGCUGUCCUGGAAGAGGUCGAAUUCAGCAGCAACCAGCAUGUGACCCUGGACCAUGAGGGUGUGGGCAGCGGCGUGCCCUUCUCCUUUGAAGCCGAUGGCAGCAAUCAGCUGAUUUUGAUGACCUCCGGGAAAGUGGCCAAUAGCGUGUCCUGGGCCGUCGGUGAGAACGGGAUUCCUCUCAUCCCUCCACUGUCACAGCAGAAUAUUGGGUUGAGGAGUGCUUUGAAGAGAGCAGACGCCAUCUCAUCCAUUGGUACCUCAGGACUGACGGACAUGAAAAAACUGGCCAAGUGGGCAGCAGAGUCCAAGCUCGACCCAAACGACCCCAACAACGGCCCCUUGAUGCAGCUGAUAUCGGUUGCGACCAGCGGUGAGUCCUAUGUCCCUGACUUCUUUCGACUGGAACAGCUCCAACAGGAAUUCAACUUUGUUUCAGAUGAAGAGUUAAAUAGAUCCAAACGGUUCAGGCUUCUCCGUCUCAGAAGUCAGGAGGUACCAGAAUUCCGGAAUUACAAGCAGGUUCCACUUUAUGACCGAGAGAUUUUAGAAAAGGUAUUCCAGGACUAUGAGAAGCGGUUACGAGAGAGAAAUGUAAUUGAAGCCAAGGACCACAUUGAUACUCACAGGGCCACAGUGGCCAAGUAUCUCCAACAGGUGAGAGAAUCAGUGAUCAACCGCUUCCUAAUCGCCAGGCAUCACUUUCUCCCUGCUGAUCUGAUAGCAGAAGAGGAAGUCCCCAACAUCAGCAUUCUGGGCCUCAGCCUGUUCAAGCUGGCGGAGCAGAAGCGGCCACUCAGGCCCCGGAGGAAAGGCCGGAAGAAGGUGACAGCCCAAAACCUGUCUGAUGGGGACAUCAAGCUGCUGGUGAACAUCAUCCGGGCUUAUGACAUCCCCAUGAGGAAGCCCGUGGCCAGCAAAUUCCAGCAGCAAUCUAGACCUUCGCGAACUUUCAUCGAGAAGCACCCUGCUUCCCCAGCCACACAGAGCCCAGCGCACAGCACCGACUACCCCCUCGACCAGGUUCGCGUGCGUCCUUUUGUAGAAGUUUCUUUUCAGCGAACGGUUUGCCACACAACUACGGCUGAAGGCCCCAACCCCAGCUGGAAUGAGGAACUGGAACUUCCAUUUAGGGCCCCCAGCGGGGACUACAGCACCACCAGCCUGCAGUCAGUGAGAGACGAUGUGUUCAUUAACAUCUUUGACGAAGUGCUCUCCGAUGUCCUCGAGGAUGAGCGUGACAGGGGAAGUGGCCUCCACACCCGAAUUGAGAGACACUGGCUGGGCUGCGUGAAGAUCCCCUUCAGCACCAUUUAUUUUCAAGCCAGGAUUGACGGAACAUUCAAGAUUGACAUCCCCCCAGUCCUUUUGGGCUACAGCAAGGAGCGGGGCUUCGACUCGGUACGGAGCCUGAGCGAGGGCUCCUACCUCACUCUCUUCAUCACCAUGGAGCCGCAGUUGGUGCCUGGGGAGCCGGUUCGGGAGAAGUUUGAUUCACAGGAAGAUGAGAAAUUACUGCAUGCCACAGAGAAGUUCCAAGCUGAAUGCUCCUUAAAGUUUCCACAUCGCCAGUGCCUUACGACAGCAAUCAACAUCAGUGGGAAAACCGUCUUCAUCACACGGUAUCUCAAGCCUUUAAACCCACCUCAGGAGUUCCUGGAUGCUUACCCCAACAAUCCACAGGCAACGGCAGAGCUGGUGGCUCACUAUGUGUCUUUGAUCCCCUUUUUGCCCGACUCGGUCUCCUUUGCUGGCAUCUGUGACCUCUGGAGCACGUCCGAUCAAUUUCUCGAUCUUCUGGCAGGAGAUGAAGAGGAGCAUGCGGUGCUGCUGUGUAAUUAUUUUCUCUUCCUGGGUAAAAAGGCCUGGCUCGUGAUGGGCAGCGCCAUACCAGAGGGUCCAACUGCCUACGUGCUGACUCGGGAGCAAAGUCACUACUUGAUAUGGAAUCCUUGCAGCGGACAUGUCUACAGACAGUUUGACACGUUCUGUCCCUUAAAAAGCGUGGGAUGUUUAAUAGGUCCUGACAAUGUGUGGUUUAACAUUCAACGCUAUGACUCCCCACUAAGGAUAAAUUUUGAUGUCACCAAGCCCAAGCUAUGGAAAUCUUUCUUUUCAAGAAGCCUCCCCUAUCCUGGCCUUUCCAGUAUCCAGCCAGAAGAGCUCCGCUACCAGCACACGGAUAAAGCCGCCGCCUCAGAGCUGCAAGACAGAAUUGAAAAAAUCCUGAAAGAGAAGAUCAUGGACUGGAGGCCCCGGAACCUGACUCGGUGGAACAGGUACUGCACCUCCACCCUGCGUCACUUCCUGCCCCAGCUGGAGCGGAGCCAGGGGGGAGAUGUGGACGAGGACCACCAAGCAGAGCUGCUCAGGCAGCUGGGCGACUACCGGUUCUCUGGAUUCCCCCUCCACAUGCCCUACUCAGAAAUAAAGCCGCUGGUUGAAGCAGUCCACAGCACUGGAGUCCAUAGCAUUGACAUUCCCAAUGUUGAAUUUGCGUUAGCUGUCUACGUCCACCCAUACCCCAGAAAUGUCUUAUCUGUUUGGAUCUAUGUUGCCUCUCUUAUACGUAACAGAUGAUCCGUUAGGAAAUGAAGAGUAUUUGGAAGUGGUAUGUAUUACAACAGAAGGAAAAUAUUCAUUGCGAAUCAUGAAAUAAAAUCAUUAUUUUUUAUAGGGGGGGUGAAUGCUUUACAGUGUAGCACUGACAUAUGCAUACAGAUUGAAUAAUGUAACAGGCCCCCAGAGUUAUUUUCCUACCCCCCUCCCCUCCUUGCCCAGAGAGAGUCCUUUGCUUUGGUGUAAUACACCCUGUCUCAUCCAUAUUUUACUUUGUGCUCUUCUUAAAUAAAAUGAUUUUUAAACCA